AUGUCGUCUGAACCGUCCCCGAGCGAAUCUGAACGGCCACCUCCUCCCACGACGCCGCGCAAGCCACGAAAUCAAACAUCCCUCGAGACGCCACAAGAAAAGAUUCAACGCAACCCCGGAGAUGCGCCUCAUUCCGCUCCUGCCGCCGCCCAAGGGGGCAGGCGCCACGAUUCCAAAAAAUCGGAGCCUACUCUCUUGUCCGACUUCUUCCAAGGCAGACAAACCGCUGCCCGCGUUGCCGCUGACCGGAAACGACGUCAGAGCGUCGGCGCUGUCAAGGCGGAGUCGCGCGCCGCCAUGCGCCAUGAGAUGAGGCAGAAUUCAGUCCGCAAGCUGCAGCAGCCAGGCGGUGUCCGAGAUCGCGUGCAGGUGUGGCAGCGCAAGCACGGUGCAACCAUGGCCACAUCCAACCCAAACUAUGCAGCCACCGAGCCCGACGACGUGGCCUUUGACGGCGAGGAUCUCGAUAGUGUUACCGAGGAGGACCGUGUGAGGAUCAAGAUGCGAUUGCGAUCGAACCCACCCGUGCCCAAAUUUGUGCCCAAUACGCCAAAACACAACGACAAUCCUGGUUCCUCUGGAAAAAACGAUGGCACAGACGAUGUCAGAUCACCUGCCACGCCUAAGAAGCGUGUGGUGAGUGACUCAAAUUGGAUGCGUCAAAAAUCGAAGAAGUCACCUUCGCGAAAAGUCUCGCCUUCAACUUCCAAAGGACCCAGUCCGCCAAAAUCGAAAGCCUUUGUUUUGCAUCCGAUUCCAAAUCCCCCCGUUUCCAGCAAGAUCAAAGCCUGGGCAGCCAAGAUCGAAAUGCCAGACGAACACGAAUCUGGUUCCCAGGUUGGCAGCGCCGCUAGCCGCUCGACGGCGCGCUUAAAACCGAAAUACAAGCAGUUUGGCGACGAUGAUGGAAUCCAUGUCACUGGCUCAAAUGAUUCUUCAGUGAUUCGAGACGAUGGCAUUCGCGUCCGUCCCACUACUACUGGGUCCGACAUGUCUUUCCCAGGACAAACAUAUCGCCCACCGACGAGCCGGCGGAGCAAAAGUGUUGCGGACUCGUCACGGUCAGCAUUGAGUGCCGGACUGAGCGACAUCUCCUCUUCGUCCUCAGAAGGCACCAAGGAGCCUGUUCGUCGGCGGAGCAAGAGUAUAUCGGCCGACAAUAAAGAGUCUACCAGUUAUACACCAACCAAGACAAAGUCAAGGCGAUCAGAAGCUAGAAAAGAGACGGCUGCUAGCUCAUAUCUAUCCACGACAACGGCAGAAGCGGAUACAUUGUCACACCUUGGCGAUGAAGGGUCCAAUCUCAGCAGCUCGCUGCGGCCUGACUCUGAUCUUGAUUCUAGACUUACCUCGAAGACCCUUGCCGAUAUCCCUGGCGAUAUCCCUUUUGGUCAUUCUGCUUUCAGCGAGCUCGAUCUCUCUGGCAGGUAUCGGCCCAAGAAGCUUAACGUUGACCGCAAGACAAGCUUCAAGGGAGUCCCUCAUGUCUUCAGAAAGGUUGUCGAGGAAGGAAAGAAAAUGAUGAAGGAUAUGAAUGAACCACCCCGGCCACAAGGUCCAAACAAACCCCCGAGCAUUGAAAAAUGGCUCAACACGACUGUUGAUCCAUUCAUUGAGACUCCAAAAGAAGUACCGGCGCCGACCAUCAAGAGGCAACACCUGGUUGAAGAAUCCGUUGUCACAGAGGAAGCUGCCGUUUCAAGAACGUCAAUGCCUUCACUACGGAAGGAAGCUCCUGCCAAAUCAUCCAACGCACCCAGCUCCAACGACUUGACUAGCACGGGCGAAGCUUCUGAAGAUCAUACAAGAGCCCACACACAUCGCAGGCGACGCGCCCAUACCGUUGGAUCGCAAAGACGCCACUCGAGCAGAGAUGCUGCAUCGGAACAGACCUCAGAUGUAUCUACAGCUGUCACCGAUGAAACAGCAACGGAAACUCUGGAAGGAAAGAAGGAUCCUGAAGAACAGGCAAAGGACGUUGGCGCCAGAGGAGAGAGCCCCAUGGAGCUGAAGAGAACACGGGCGAAGCGAGCAACGUCCUCGCCCCUUAGAAACAAGAAAGACUUUCUCGGCAUGUUUAAAAAUGCUCUCUUAGGAGAGUCUGCAGCGUUUUCUGGGACUGGCAAGGCGUAUCGGACCGAAGAACCGCAACAACAUGAACUCUACGAUCAGGAAUGUAGCGAUGACUACACCGAGGGCUCAGCUCUGUCUAGCAGAGAUUCGCAGUCACAGCUCACGGAUUCCACUGCCAGUGGUCAUCACACCAAAUCUCAUAAAAUGACCGCCCCUAGGAACCCCCCUCCUACCAAAGGGAAUUACGAAUUGUCGACGAUUGUGUCCGAUGACGGAUCUAGUGCCAUAAGCUCAGCGCUUACAAGCUCCGAUGCUACGUCUCGUGUCACACAAUCUACCGGGACUGAGUCAACUGUCAUGUCCAAGUCUAGUCAUGCCUCUCUCAAGAAGAAAGAUGGCCUGACGAAAAGGCGCAUUACUAGCCAUUCUGAUCUCAUGUCAGUUCUGUCGCUACCGGAUCAAGCUUCUGUUCCCCAAAGCAUGAAAACCCGAUCCCGUCCCAGCCUCCGCCGAAAGCACGGCAUCCCAGCCGGCUUCUCUGAAAACGAUCUCUUGCAAGAAUUCGAAGAUGAUGAGAACCUAUACAACCGAGAGCUCAAGACUUUGGUCGACGGCGUGAUUCCUGUUCUUCUGGGCGAUGUCGUGAACAACAGCGACGCAACGGCCCUCUUUUCAACUGGCGGUGGCAGCCAGGCUGAUGCAACCUCCAGAGCUGUUGUUGGCAUGGGUGUGGCGCUUGAAAAACUUAAAAACGCCCAUAAAAAAGCACCUCAUCAAGACAUUCGUCGCCUAGCUCACUGGGCUCAUGGCGUCGUACCCAUGUACAACAGCUAUCUCAGUGCUUGGAGACUUGGCUUUCAAGAUUUGGUCGUGAACCUUGCCCCGGCCACUGGUCGGCUCGAAGAAGAAGACUCACUAUUAGAUGCGCUCCCGAGAAACGAAAAUGGCGAUAUCGUCAAUGAGAAGGGAGAGAGCGUGGCCGUCGGUUAUCUGCUGAAGCGGCCUUUAGUCCGCAUAAAACACAUGACAAAACUUAUCAAAUGCAUCGAUAGCAUUAUUGACAGUCAGGAUACAAACCAACUCCUGCGCGAUUUCGAGAACCUCCAGGACAAGUCUCGACGCCGCCACCGUGAAGAGACAGCACGAAUCGAGGAUGAAGAUGCUAUAAAUACUGAUGUCACCAGGUGUCGAGACCUCAGGACGUUGGGGGCCGUCACGCCUCCUGUCAUCGACGCCAGCUUGCAGGUCAAUGCCAAGGAUACGUUCUCCCUGUCUUUGGCCCACUCCAACGGGCAGCGCUUGCAGUGCCGAGUCGAGCUUGUCUACCGUGACAAUCCUUUACAGCCCAAUCAGCCAGGCGAUUUGCUCAUUCGAGAACCUGGUGACAGUAAAAAGGGCAGGAACUCAUAUCUCCUAUUUCCACCAUUUCAGAUGCGUUUUUGCUCUGCCAGGACUGGCGAUGGCCAUUUCGACAUGGUCAUUAUGCUUCGAGGUCAUCACCAUAACCGCACUUGGCAUGAACUACUGUUCUUGACGGCCAAUGACGAGGACCAAAUACUCGACUGGCUAGAUCUCCUACCGGUAAACCCAGUACCACCAAGAGAGCCUGAACCAAGCGUCGUUGGCGAUGACGAGCCAGAUAACUCACGCGACGUGCCGGUCGGUGUCGCUAGACCAGUUACCCAACGUGGCCCCGAGUUUUCAGAUCCUGCUGUCCGCACAGCUAGAGCGCAAUCACCUCUUAUCAGCACUUACAAGAAACCUCAGACACCUUCAGAACAGAAAGCUGAUGCCGGCCACGAUGAGAAGAAGCUACGUUCGUCUCCAGAGAGCGGCCAAGACCAAGCUCCCGCUCCACCCACCUACAACGUCAUGAACUGGGAUGAUGGCAGCUACCAAGAAGAAGAAAAUUUACUACCUCAACCUCUCAAUAUCAAAAAACCAUCCCCCUCGAGAAUUUCGCGAGAAAAUGGCGCUCCUCCUCCCCCAGUCCACCGCACUCUUCCGUCGACGACAGACCAGCAACAGAAGGACAUCAACCUCCUUGUACCGCCAGAGCCAACUGAGCGAGUUAAACGGCGUAGAUCAUCGCCGCUCAAACAUGAGUACCUACCUUCGGAUGCUUCCUCGGGCGGAUCGAGCAGCCCAAGUCCCGAGCAUUCGGAUGAUGAGUCUUCAGACGAUGAUCUCGAUAGUAUGGACAUACCAGAGACUGAGCUUGGUGUAAGCAUCCCCAAGGAGUCUCAUCAACCCUCAUUGGCUCAGCCAAAGAUUGAAAGCCUGCUAUCUCAGUCGGAGUGCAGUGUUUCGCCAUCCAAUUCGGCCUCGCAGGCUUGUGGAGUUUAUCCUCCACGAAGCACUACCGAACAGCACGGCAGUACUACUCGCUAUAUGGCAUCACUCUCACGAUGGUCCGAUCGGGGAGCAUGGAAGGACCUGAGCCCGCAAUCCUGCGCAAUCGUUGUCUCUGCUGGUAUGGUAGAGGCCUAUGCUCUCCGCGCUGCUGGCGGACGGGUCGAAUCCAUCAAGUUAGACGAGCAGCCGCUGAUUGCUCUCGACCUAACACCACUUGUGCUUGUCAGACAAAGUACGGCUUUAGAUCUGGAAGUCAGAUCGUCGGUUCAAAUGCACUCGCGUCUCUACGAGACGUACAAUGGCGGCAAUUUCCGCUUCCGAUGCCACAGUGCCCCGGAGUGCUUUGCACUGUACAUGGCUGUUCAUCAAGCACGCCUCAGCAAUCAAAAAUUCAUUCAGUUGGAGAAUGAAGCGCGCUUCAGAAGUUUUGGAGAGAGACAUGACGUCGAGGGAGACGAUCGAGCCGGACGGCGUCGUAGCUGGUUCAGCCGCAAGAAUAGCUAUCGUAGCUCGCCAAGAGGCGCAGCUCGCUCUCAGGACGGCGAGAGCGCCGCACACUCAUCGACACCGUCCGCAACUAGCUUCCUGAAGCGCCUCACCCAAUCCAGCAAUUCUGCUUUCAAUCUCGAGCAUUCAACAAUCGACAGGCACAGCCGUGGCGGUAGCGGCAGAAAUAGUCUGUAUACAUCUGGCUCAUCUUCGGCGAGUGGCGGCGCGUCGCCCCGCUCCCCAUCUGUCAGUACCGGCCACGCAAUGAGACAACGCGGCCCUAUGGAUGCUGAAAACAUUCAAAUUCGACUCCAUCUUCUCGUCUCAUCUACGAAAUGGGAAGACUGUGGUAACUGCAUUCUCAAGAUUCGCACACCGCCCGUUGGUUGGCACCAAGCUCUCCUUGCCGAUCACGGGCUCGAGAAGCGCAUCACCGUUUUAUCGCAACCAAAGAAGGAGGAUGAAGAGCCCAAAAUGCUGCUAGAUGCGGUCCUGGGAAGUGGUUGCUUCUCUGCCAUGGGUAGUCGCGGAAUCGUCUGCGGCAUCUGGGAAGAGGUCCAGGGGGCCGACGGUGUGGUUGGCACGGUUCCUGCGAAGAGUAACCCUGGCGGCAAGAUUAGGAAGUGGUGUUUCCAGCUGUCAACAGCUGCGGAAGCCAACUGGGUGCUGCGGCUGGUGCACCAAGAAGUCGUAGUGAGCGAAUGA